AUGUCGCUGACUUCCUGCUCUUGCUUUGACAUUCCUGUGUGUUUUCCUGCAUUCGCAGACAUACGACAGCAGCGUGAGGAGAAUGACGAGUUACGGCAGCGGGUGGAGCAGGCAGAAGGGCGGGCAGAUGAGGAGUGUCUACGGGCAGUUAAAGAAGCUCGCCGGGCAGCUGACGCUCUCGAUGAAGCAGCGCGAGAGCGAGAGAGGGCGGAGGAUUAUUGCGCGCGGGUAAAACGAUUAGAGCGGGAAGUAGCGGUGCUUCAAACCCGAGUUCAAGAAGACCAGCGAAGAGACGCGGAAGGUCAUAGGGCCGAGGGUGAGGGGAGAUUAGAUGCCGGGAGAACUGAAUCAGAUGAGACGAAGCGACAGGCGUAUGUUGAUGGCGAUUUGUUGGGGAAAGGCCAUGGCGAUGAGCACGACAGUGAGCAGGUCGGAGGACGGAGCGGUUCUAGCAGCCCCACAAGCGGAAGUGAAAGCAGCAGUAGCGACGACGGGGCCACAAGUGAGAGUAGUCGCGGUAGUGACUCGGAUAGCGAAGCCGUUUCAUGCUCCAAGUCUGGAACGGAAAGAGCGGGUGACGGCGAGGAGAGUGAGAGUGGUGAGGGGGAUAGCGACAGUAGGAAAAUUGACCGACACAGGAAUGAUAGUGACGACGAGUCGAGGGGCGAGGGGAAGGAGAAGGCUGGGGAGGAGAAGGAGGAGGAAGUGGAGAUAGAUGUGGAGGGGUUGGAAGCGAAUGGUAGCGACGAAAGAUCGCAGGGUAACGAGACGACGCCACGGGCGACAUUCGCGAGUGAGGAAAAGGAAAUCGAGCAGAGGGAUGAGUUGGGGGACUUGGAAUUAAUUGAAUUGGGAGGGUGGAGUGAUGGCGAGGGGGAGGUGGAGGCGGGAAGCGGAGGUGGCAAGGUGGAAGAUGCGACGGGAGGAGAGCAGAGUCAGAUUGGCGCGUGUGAGAGUAGGGGACGCGUGGGGGUGACGGGGAUGCUAGAAGGAGCAGAAGAAACAAUGGCGAUGCCCACAAGAAAGGGCGAGUUUUGCGAGGGUGGGGGUGAGCGUGAAGCCGAUGUACGGGAUGUGAAGGAGGAUGACCAAUCGCGGGAGAGUAGUGAAGCUCCAGCGCCCGUAGCACCUGCGCUUGACUGCGCUCGCGCCGACCCCACAGGAGCCACAGCGGCGGCCAUUGGUGAGCAUACAGGCACGGUUCAGCGCGUGACAGCUGCAACACCUGAUGCUGUGGUGAUGGGGAGUAGCAACAAUGGAUAUGGGACGGCAGGGGCAGAUGAGGGACGGAGAGAGGAGGGGAAUGUGCCGGAAGGGGGGCUGGACGGUGCGAGGGGGAGAAAGCGCAAGGAUGGGGGAGGUUCCGACGGAGCUUCGUUGGCGCAUGCGCAGGCGGCGGUGCGCGCGCCGAUGGUAGGACAUGGGGCGGCACGCGCGCAGAGAGCAGUGAUGAGCACGGUAGUAGAGGAACCACCGCUGGAUGAUGUGCGGGCGUUCUUUGCGUCGCUCUGCUUCCCCGUGGCUUGCUCCCCGCCUGCCGCCCCGUCCCCGCCGUCGCUCACUGCAUGCGAGGAGCUUAUUCGGUCGAACAAUGGUCAAAUGGAGCAGCAGCCGCCGCCGGUGCAGCAAACCCAAAAUGGGUGUACCAGACCCGCUGUGUCCGCGUUAGCUCCCCUUCCCCUGGGUCCUCUCCCCGCUCUCCUCCACCUGUCUUCCCCGCACCACCUGCACGCCCCACCCGUGCGCGCGCUGGUUGGCCCUGGCCACAUCGCCCCAUGCAGGGACGACCGCGUUGGCCCCCUGUCGCUGCCUCAUGACGCUUCCCUCCGUGAUGCUUCCGCAUCUCACGGCUGCUGCAACGAGCAAAUGCAGGCAGGCGCGGGCGGGAUUCCGAUAGAAGCGGAGAUGGGGGGCGGGAAGAGGGGGCUAGAAGGGUGGGCAGAGGGGGAUGGAGACGCGGAGCGGGAUAUGGAGGCGGAGAAGGAAGCGAGGGGAAGCUCGUGCGGCGAAGGGGCAGCGGUUCUACUUGACCAUUUGGCUGCUCUGGGUGAUCUGGGGGAUGGUGGGGCAGGGAGGGGGAGGGGUUCUGGGAAACGGGAUGCAGGCAGGGGGAAAGCGGGCGAGAGGGGGCAGGGUGGAGGGAGAGGGAGGCGGGGAGGUGGGGUGGGGCGGGGCAGUGGAUUGGAAAGGAGAGCGUCUGGGAAGAAGGGGCAGUGGUGGGUUGAUGUUGGGAUGGCAGCAGAGGGGCAAGACGGGCGAGAAGGCAGUGCUGCAAGGGCUGCGGCGGCUCCCAGCCGUGGGCUUCUCCCGUCCUCUGCAUCCCUCCCUGCUGCGAUCUCCCUCACUCCACGCUCCUCCUCCUCUGUGUCUGCCUUUGAAAUCGCCAAUCCCCUUGUGUCCCUUCUUCCCAACGCCACGGCCCCUACCCCUCCUAUUCCUCCGUCUGCGCCUCCCCCGGUUCCUGCCCUAGUAGGUGCGCCGGGCGCAGGCGCGGGUGUUGGUGCAGGGCGCGCGGCAGGGGGUGUGGGUGCUGGUGCUGCCGCUGCCGCUGCCGCUGCCGCUGCCGCUGCCGCUGGCGCUAAUGUUGGCGCCGGUGCCAGUGCUGGCAUUGCAAGGGCGCGUUCAUCGGGGGGUGGACAGUUGGUGGUGGCGCCAGGGGUGGCAGCAGCAGUGGCAGUGAUGCAGGUGGAGAGGCGAGUGAGGGAGAGGCAACAGCAGGUGUUAAGGAGGAUGAGGAGGGGGUCGAAACGAAGAGGGGAGAGCAUGGGGAGGAACAGCGGGGCUGUUAGAGGUGUGCUAGGGGCAGCAGGGAGGGGAGAAACGGGCUAUGGCGAUGCUGGUGCGAGUGCGUUCUCUCAGGCUCUUCUUGCUCGUUCCAAGUCUGCUGGUGCUCUGUCUAUUACUGCCCCCACAGCAGCACUCGCCCAACCAUCACCAGCUACCGCCACCGCUCCUGCUGCUGCUGCUGCUUCUGCUGCUGCUGUGGGUGGUGGUGCUGCUGCUUUUGGCACACCAGCGUUGCCUUCUGCUGGGUCGUGUCCUGAAAGCUCAGCUGCAACUCUCCCACCCUCUCUCCCGCCAUCUGCAUCCACCUCUCUCACACCCGUGUGCGCCCCUCCUCACGCGUCCGAGCGUGGCCCCAUGUCCGUGGCUGAAGCCCUAGCAGCAGCAAAGGCAGUGCAGCGCGAGCGGCAGGCGUUGGGCCAAGGAGGGGCGGCGGCAGGAGCAGGAGCGAGGGCAGCAGAGGGCAGAGGAGGAGCUGGUGGUUCCAUGGUGCGAGGGAGUGGGAGCGGUGUAGGCAUGUGUGGGGUAAGCAGUGAGCAGCGAGGAGGGGAGCAGCGGAGGGGACGUGUGAGGGGAGAAGCAGGCUGGAGUGGCCUGGACGUGCUUCGUUGCUCUGCAGUACCUGCUGAGACGCCUCACUCCAGCACCCUUACCGCUCUCAACCGCUCGUCUAUGCGAGCUGUUAACUGGAGGAGGCAUGCUGCUAAUGGGGCUGGAACAGGGGCAGUCAGGGGUGAUGCGGGGUGCUGGGAUGGCAGGGAUGGGUAUUGUAGCGAUGGAGGUAUGAUGAGGCAGGGGCGAGGAGAGGCGAACAAGGCAGGAUGGGCGGUGGGAGAUGUGUUUAGAAGAGGAGGUGCAAGUGGGGACGGGCGGGAAGACGACGUGCGGGGCUGGUUGGGGAGUGAGGGUGGGGGAUGGGAGAGUGACGUGGAUAGUGGAUGGGAGAGUGAGGGUGGAGGGGUGGAGGUGCGAGGAGGGAAUGGGGUGUGGAAAAGACAGGAUGAGAGCGCCUGCCUCACUGCUGUCUGUCUCUUCUUCUGCAAGGCGGCGCUCCUAGGGUUCCGUCUUUACUGCCUGCCUGCAACCCCACCCACCUGUCACUGCAGGGCCCCUGCCCUCUUCCUCUCCUCUUGCUCGCUGCUGCCUGCCCUGUUUGGCAAAGGGAUGCUGUCUCAACCACAGCAGCUGCUGGCUCCAUUACUGCUGCCUCUAUCAGAUGAGAUGAGGCCUCGACUUCGUUGUUUGGAUUGCCUUGCCUGCUCCAUGGCAAGUAGCGAUGCGUGGGCUUGCGUUGUGGCCACGUUGUGA